CGCGCUUCCGGAAGCUGUCAGCUGUGAACACCGCAUCAACUGCAAUGAGUUUUGAGUGGCCCUGGCAGUAUAAUUUCCCACCGUUUUUCACGCUACAGCCCAAUGUUGACACGAGACAGAAACAGCUGGCGGCAUGGUGUUCCCUGGCUCUGUCCUACUGCCGGCAUCACAAGCUCUACACCCUGGACGUCAUGGAGGCUCAGGAAAGCCCCGUGUUCAACAACAAGAAGAUAGAACGAAAACUGUCAAUGGAAGCGAUUCAAGUUGUGUUUGAGGAAUUGAGGAAAAAAGGGAACCUCGAAUGGUUGGACAAAAACAAGUCUCGGUGUUUAGUCAUGUGGAGACGACCAGAGGAAUGGGGCAAGCUAAUAUACCAGUGGGUUUCCAAAAACGGGAUGGUCAACUCUGUGUUUACACUUUACGAGCUGUCCAACGGCGAUGACACAGAAGGUGAAGAGUUCCACGGUUUAGAAGAGUGGAUGCUGGUGCGCUCGUUGCAGGCUUUACAAACAGACGGCAAAGCAGAGCUCAUCACCAUGGACGACGGAAAGGGGGUGAAAUUCUUCUGAAACGGUGCUGGAAUCACACACACUCUGUCUGGGAGCCCUCAUACUUUUACCUCACAGGCAAAAUUUUUAAGAUUUAGCCAUCCAAGGCUACACAGGGUGCACCUCAAUGCCCGGUCCAGAAGACGCCGCUCCUGCAGUUGUCGUUGCCUUUUGGUUUGUUCAAAGCCUUUUCUUAUUGGGAGAGAACCAGUAUCAUUUCUAAGAGCAUUUGAGGUGACGCCGCGUUUAAAGUAGUCACAGGUGACAUUUGUUGCCAUUUAAACAUGCAAUGGGCCUUUCAGGGGACUUAAUACUAUCGUGUCUGAGUGCUCCUGGGGAAAAUCCCUCCCCAACAGCUGUAACUUUGCUCUUUCUGUAUUGUAAAUACGACUAGUUUUAUCCAGAUCUUUCUCCCUGUUAACAAUAUUGCUCGGUAUAAUUAGCUCCGGACCUUUUGCUCAGCUAUCGCUGAUCCUCUUUUCCAACCAGACAUCCCAAAGAAAUCCCACAACGCAACACCAGGGGGACUUUUUAUUUUGAGAUUAAAUGCUUCCAGAAGAGGAACACCACAGAGACCAAGACCACCAAUCCUGGCUCGACUCAGCUGAGUGUAUUAAUAGUGGACUUCAUGUACAGUUUGCUGUCAUCCUAUUGUGCAGUAGCUACUGUGACACUCCUGUUAUACUCUCUCUCUUUCUUUUUUCAUAUCCUGUAGGAUGAAUAAAUUAGAAAUUUGCUAAA